GCGGCCGGAGACGAGAUGAAGCUGAAGCGGUUCUUGCUCCGAUAUUACCCGCCGGGUAUUAUUUUAGAAUAUAUUCAAAGUGGAGAACUGAAAACCAAAUCCAUAGAUUUACUAGAUCUCAAUACUGCAACUGAUGUAGAAGCCUUAGUAGAAGAUAUUAGAAAAGCAGAGCCUCUCAUCACACAGUCACGGAAAGACCAGGUUGUACAUUUAAUUCUACGAUUACAAGAGAAGCUAGGACAAGUGGACCACAAGUUCUAUCUUUUUAAGGUAAGAGUCAUGAGGAGAAUGCAUACUUUAAUAGGCCAUCGUGCAGAAAUAAGUAGCGCACAAUUCAACUGGGAUUGUACUCUGAUCGUCACUGGAUCUAUGGACAAAACAUGCAUGCUUUGGAAUGCUUUGACAGGCAAGCGGGUGGCAACCUUAACAGGCCAUGAUGAUGAAGUAUUAGAUGUUUGUUUUGAUUAUACUGGCCAGCGUAUUGCAAGUGCCUCAGCUGAUGGAUCAGCAAGAGUAUAUGAUGCAGAAACAAAAAAAUGUGUGGCAAAACUUGAAGGGCAUACAGGAGAAAUUUCAAAGAUCUGUUUCAAUCCUCAAGGAAGUCGUAUUCUUACAGCCAGUUCAGAUAAGACAGCUCGCCUUUGGGAGCCCAAGACAGGACAAUGCAUUCAAAUAUUGGAAGGCCACACUGAUGAGAUAUUUUCCUGUGCUUUCAAUUACAAAGGGAAUAUAAUUAUUACAGGAAGCAAAGAUAAUACGUGUAGGAUAUGGCGCUAA